AUUUAGGCGCAAGUCCUGAAGUUUUGAAGGAAGGAAUUAGCCGAUACAAUGAAUUCCAGUACUUGUCUGGUACUUUUAUUACUAUUAAUAUUAUUAUUAUUAUCCCCAAAGGGACGAAACACUGAAAUGCAUCCGCGCGGAAUUUGAACUCACAAUGUAAUGUUUCUGUAAUAACAAUUGGAUAGAUAGAUGGAUGGAUGGAGAUAGAUAGAUAGAUAGAAAAACUAAUAGAUAGAUAGAUAGAUAGACGAACAAAUAGAUAGAUGUUCUCAUUUCGAAUGUAUAAUAAUAUGGCUAUCUUUCGUUUAUAUUUCAAAUUUUAUUCUCUGUAAAAUAACUUAGAAGCAUCGCUUUUCUACCCGAAUUAAAUUUAGGACAGUAAAAGCGGAAUAUACCAAGGCGUCGUGUGUUUAUGUUCGCUAACACAGAGAAGCAUGCUUUUAUUGGUGAGAGAGUUCAGGAGAGUGUUUAUGUUUUGUUAUUACCUCCCUUGGUGUCGAACUCUCGAGUGCACCGUGCCAUGUCUACUUGGAGGCUGCUUCUUCCUUGACGCUCAAUAAUGUCUGUUGAGUGGAACAGUUUCGACUUUCUUCAGUAUUUGAAGAUGAAAAGGAUUAAAAAUGAACAAAUUCAAAUGUCGAUGAGCAAUUAUUUAAAGAGACGACAGUAUCCGGAGAGCUCCAUUCCAGGCAAGAGGAAUCACCAAUACAUCCAAGAACCCUCUGAAUUGGUGUCCCAGAAUAAUGUCCACCAUCUCUCGACAAUAAACAACGUGCUAGCCUACAGUAGCAUCACAGGAGAUGCAACAGCAUGUGACCAUCAGUUCUCGCAAUUGAAACAGUUUAUCUGUGAUGCAGUAGAACCGUACCGAACAGAGCUACACAUCCUGCUCUUCCCAAUAUUUGUACAUGUCUACCUAGAGAUGCUCUACAAUGGUCACAAAAGUCCAGCUCACAAAUUCCAUGCCCGUCACGUGACUUUCUUCCGUGAAGAUCCCGAGAAUCAAGACAUCUUGGAUACUUUGGUUAAACUGAACAACCGAGAAGAUGUUCUCACAUGCAAGUUGGUUGCAGAGUUCAGGGAUCACAAAUACUCGUUAGCCUUCACUCAGGACACAUUUGAUUAUUUGGUCCGGUUUUUAAAGGCUGAUGAUAACAUGAUCAUGUUACAGAUAUUUAAUAAACAUCUAAAAGUUGAAGUGAAAACCGAUAAAUGUCCAGUGUUUGAAUGCAAGCCACAAAAUCUGCAGUCAGAGGUCAACUGCAAGUCAGCUGACCCUCACCUGCCGGCAUUGACCAGUGCUAAUGCGGACAAGAAUCCAGCCACUGACCAAGUCACUAAAGAGAUGCUACUGGAGUGUAUAAAGAGCUUACAAGUCUUACCGCCAUGCCUGCCUUCCAUAUGUUUUCUAGCGAUUGCAACAGCUCAUCACAGUCUCUCCUGUGCAUCUGUCUCAGACGACCGGAAGUAUGUGGCGGGAGGUUUUGAGGACUCAUCCAUUCGGCUCUGGACCCUUGGAGGUUCCAUAGUAAGGACCCCACCUUCAAAGAUGAACCCUUCGCGAAUCACACUCUCUGCCGAUUCCCUUAUUUACAAGGAUAGAGACAACGUCAAUAACCAUUACGAUGACUGGUCAGCAGCACCAGACCAAUGUGUUGUUCUUCGAGGUCAUUCUGGGAGUAUCUAUAAUAUGUGUUUUCUACCAGACCCAGACCCCGUCUACCUACUCUCCUGUUCUAAAGAUACAACAGUUCGUUUAUGGAACCUAGAAAACUGCUGUAACACCGUUCGUUAUGCUGGUCAUAAUUAUCCUGUCUGGGACAUUGAUGUAUGUCGAGUGAGCAGUAUGUUUGUAAGUGGUUCAUGUGAUCGCACUGCCAAACUGUGGUCAACGGAUCGAAUCUUCCCUGUGCGUACCUUUGCCGGACACACAUUGGACGUCAGCCGAGUAAAGUUUCAUCCGAAUGGUAUGUACGUAGCUACUGGUUCAAGUGAUAGGAGUGUCCGACUCUGGAGUAUCAAUGACGGCAAGUGUGUCCGACUAAUGCAGGGUCAUCGAGGAACGGUACUUGCCAUGGCAUUUUCUCCUAACGGGCAAUAUUUGGCCACCUCUGGGGAUGACAAGAAAAUCCGAAUCUGGGAUCUGAACACUGGUAAUUUGUUCAAAGAGUUCCGUGGCCAUGUAGAUACGGUCUAUUCUUUGACUUUUUGUCGCGAUGGUUCUAUGUUAGCAUCAGGUGGUCUUGAUUCCUCAAUACGUAUAUGGGAUGUCCGCAAAGAAGGUGACUUCAGCAAUGCCAGAAAAUUCAAGCGAUGGCAUGGUGAAUUCAAGCAGGGACAUGCACUGAGCAAAAGCUAGAUAGCAGCUGAUGUUCCUGAGGCAAUAGUAGAAAACACAGUGAGACUGAACCUGGAACCAUGUGAUUGGGAAGCAAGCUUCUUACCACACAGCCAUACUUGAAGAAAACACAAAAGAAAUGUUUUAUUAUUUUUGGGCAAAAGCAGCCUGAAAUCUUAUACUGGCUGUGGAUGAGCAUUUCUCAUCUGGAGUUCCCAGGGCUGUGUGUGGCCCUCAAGCAUCUUUCCAACACCCCUUGACAGUCUUCUUGCUAUAAAUAUAAGUUUUUCUUU